AUGUGGCGCAAGCCAGUGAUUGUAUGUUGCUUUUUGAUCGGGUUGGCCAUACUUUGUGUUGCUCCCCCUGUCAAGAAGGAGAAGAGAGUGAAAGCUGAGACAGAAGGUGAAGAAAAGGGCGAUCCAGAAUACGCUCGUUAUCUAAAGCAGGUUAUUGAAAUUUUAGAGAAUGACGAUGAUUAUGUAAAGAAAUUACUAAACGCCUCUGAGGAGGAAUUAAGAACUGGACAAGUUGCUGAUGAUUUGGAUCUCGUGAAGCACGAUGUGAGGACAAAGCUCGAUGAACUGAAACGACAGGAAGUCGAGAGGCAGCGAAUGAUUCGUCGACAAAUGAACGAUCAUUUAAAUGGGCUCAAGGAAAGAGAGUAUUGGAAUCCUUUAUUUGAUGAUGAAAAUCCCAACUUCUUUGGACCUGAAGAUUUCAAGAAGCUUUUAUGGAAGGUAGGUUUUUGUAACAUACGUUGCAUAACAGGACUCUUACCUAAAAGUAGCAAAAAAAUUAAAACGGUUAUGUAGAAAGCUGGAUCAAUAGAAUUGGUGAAAGCUAUUGCAAAUUUUUCGAGCAGAAGGUCUUGAGAAAACACAAGUUUGUAGAAUUCCCGUGCCUGAGCAAAUACAUUAAAACUUAACGUAUCAAGAUAAGUGAGGAAAUUUCCUUGCUAUCCCUCAUUUUUUGUCAGCCUCUUUGAGGAGGGAAAAAAAAUUCCAAUGGGUUGUGACAAAUACAGUAGAACCCCGGUAACUCAAACUCUAAAGGGAAACAAAAAACAGUUUGAGUUAGUGAGGAAUUCGAGUUAUCCAAGUUUGAGUUAUCAAAGUUCUACUGUAGGGGGAAUUGGUGUUACAGUCGAGGCAGGUCAAGCGUACCCCCUAAGAUUCUAUUAAUGAAUUGAUUAUUUGAAAAAUGAAUCCGUUAGUCGUUCCGGUAACUAGUAUCAAAUUCAAAUCGGCAUUCCUGCAUGCAUACUGAGUAGUGAAUAUUUUACGAGAACUUCUCUGUAUUUGGUCAGAUUGAAAAUCUUCACAUGGGUUAAAUUUCAUAGAAGACAUUUACAUCAAAUUCAGGGAAACUUAGCUGGUAGAAAUUUCGUAACUGAAUCGCGUGUGAAUUCACAGCUCAUUACACAUGCAAGAAUGUAGACAUGAAUCUGAAAUCUACAAAUACCAACAGAUUCAACUUUCGAAUAAUAAAUUCAUUAAUGUAAACUUGGGGGGUAUGCUUGACUUGGGUUGACUGUAAAACAGAAGGUCCACAGCUAAGCUGUUCAUUGUUAUUAGAGAGCUUAAGCAGUGAAUGUUUUUGAGGUCACGGACGUCAGGAAGGUUGUGCCUGGUCUGGAUCGAGUAUGGCAUUUGUGGCGCGAAAAGCGAAGAUUAAGCAAUGAUUGGUUUUGGCAUAACAUGAGUUAUGGAUGUCUUGUUGUCUUGUCCAGUUAUGGACGUUUUGUCUGUGAAAUGUCUUCACUCGUGACCUAGCAUUUCGAAUUUCAGAAAGAUCUUUGUCGCUGAAGGGCUGAAGGGGACUCGUACAUUUUAUUUGCCCCAUUCUCAUGUGAACAUUUCAUCUUUCACAUUUAUUCGCCAAGCUUGAAAUGCCGUCACGUACUAUUUGAUUGUGUAGAACAGUGUGUUGUGUAUCGAACAAAAAUUACCAUACAUGAUAUCGAAGUUUAGCAGUCGAUUCUAUUUGCAGUUUCAUGAACCACAAAUGAGAUUUAGUUUGCCAUUCAUUUUCAAAGUUGAUUGUGCCAAAUAUCACAAGGCUCUCGCUAGAAAAUUUUUUCAGGAUAUAAUAAUAUAAUCAACCCGAUGCACAAAAAUGUGCAGUCAUAACAUUUUCAUUUAAGACUUUAAUAUUUUUCAUUGUAAACAAAACAACAAUUCAUGCAGUUGAAAUUAACGGCCGUUAAAAGUUACAAGAAGAUAGAGCACUCGGAAAUAAGAUGUUUGUUCAUCUGAUGAUGAUUCACAUGGACAAGAAAUUGAGUAAAUCUUGCAGAAAUCCCAUAAAUUUUGCCAUCUUCCAUUUCUGCACCCAGCUAGAGCUAGCUGGGUCAUGCUGCCUGUCAAAAACAAAUUAGAAUCAGAGACUGUUUAGCUGAUGUUUACAUCUCUGAAAACUCUGAAUGAAAAGCAGAAGAAUUUUCCUUGGUUUUAGGCCAACAAUUUAACCACAAUAUCUUAAAUUACCAAAUAAUUUUUACCCAAACGCGAACUUUCGACUACUAGAAUCUCACGUUCUAUCUUGAACUUCAAAAGUGGCGUUCUGGGGUCAGCAGCCUGACCUCAUGGACCUAAACACCUGUGCAGUAUAUUCACACUGGCGUGAGUGACUUUCGGUUGGCAUUUGUGACCUCAAAAAUGUCUGCUGCUUAAGCUCUCUAUUGUUUAAAUGUGCCCUUGUUUGAAGAAAAACUGCAACCCACUAAUUAAUAGGCUUUUGAGUAGCAUUGAAGGGGGUUGAUGGAAGGGAACACAGAGCACUAGCAGAGUUGACAGGAAGGACAAAUGGCCUCCUUUCACCUCCGUGUUCCUCAGUGAUGGAUUAAAUGACCCUCUGAAGAGCGAUCAUUAGCAAGUAAGGAGGAGAUGGCCAUAGUAGUGAAGUUUUUUGUGGGCACCAUUCUAAGCUCACCAAAUCUGACUUUGUGAGCAGGGAGAGCUCUUCCUUUACAUCACUGUAGUGCAACACUUAUGACUUACUUGCCUAUCUUUGUACAGUGUAAAUGGGGCACAAAAAAGUGACUUGGAUGGGGUAGACUUCAAGGUAGACUGUAAUACAGCAAAUAGGCAGUGGUACAUCUCCAGACUCCAAAUAUAUCCCAAUAAAUCAUUUGAAAGGAAGCCAUCCUGCUUUUGAAGGCUGAAAUGGUCUGGCUCCGGUUGUUCAAAUGUUGGGUAGCGCUAUCCAGUGGAUAAGUGUUAGGGAAAUCAAUUGUGUUAUCCCCUGGAUAGAGAUUUGUCCAUUGGAUAGCGUUAUCCACCUUUUAAACAUCUGGGCCCUGUUGAAUAACAUUUUUAUAUACAAUAUUAUAAAUGUUACUAAUUGCAGCACCAUGAAGAAAUGGAUAAGCAAGAUAAAGAACGCAGAGAUGAGUUCAAAAAGCAUGAAAUGGAUAAGGAACAUAAAAGACGAGAACAUCUGAAAGACCUUGAUGAAAAGGCACGCCAAGAAGAAGAGUUGAGAUAUAAAAAAUUACAAGAGAAGCAUCAUAAUGCAUCCAAGAACCUUCAUCAUCCUGUAAGAUGAUUCUUUUUUCCAUUUUUUACUGUAUCUUUUAAAUACCUUUGUGGUUACUAAUAUGAAUUUAGAUCAAACUACUGUCUCUUACUCUUACCUAUUGGCAAGGACAUUUACCACAAAAUUGCAUUCAGGUUUUCCUUCCCCUUAGCCAAUUUAUCAGUGUGUAACUGCAAAGCUGAAAGUGAUCAAGACUCCCAAGUUAGCCCAGCCCAAGUUAUUUGCCAGAGGGGUACUCUGGAAAUAAGGUCCAGCUAACUGCACUUAAUAAGAGAGUAGAAGGUGUAGAAGUGAACACCAAGCAUGGCCAUCUCAACAUUCAAUAAAUUGACUUCUAUGAUUUUCCCUUGCUUGCAGGGAAGUAAGGCUCAGUUGGAGCAAGUUUGGGAAGAAACCGAUGGCCUUGAAGCAAAGGAUUUUAAUCCAAAAACAUUUUUCAAAUUACAUGGUAUGUGCUAUGGUGUUUUCCAAUUAUUCUUUUGUAGUGAAGUCUGCCAUUUUAAUUAUUAGUGCCAAAAAAGAAUGAUACAUAUGUAUAAAAAAAUGCAAUUUUGUAAGGUAUUAAGCAUUUGUAGGAAUGUCUUGUGUCAAGUCUACAUAAUGUAGAUGGUGAGGAGAGAAUCUAAAUAUAGACUUCAAGGUUUCUAGAUACAUGUAUACAGGGAAAACAUGCUUUCAAGAGGGUGUCCAAAGAGUGAUUCUGUGAAAUUGGUUGGAGUGGUACCCACAAAAAAUAGUGAAUUUGGCUGAAGAAGUAUUGAAUUAACAUUGCAUCUUCCUAUGGAACUAGUUUAAUAGAAAUGACUCCUCUAAAAGUCCAGCAAAGUGUAUUAAACAAAUAAUAAGGGAGGACCAUAAAGAACAACCUGAUACAUGCAAAUGAUAUUACAUGAGUUUCUUUUUCUGCAGAUGCAAAUGGUGAUAACUUCUUAGACACUUCGGAGCUAGAAUCUCUGUUUAUUAAAGAGGUAAGGACAGUAUUUUUUAUUAUUAAAUAAAACAAUGUUCAUUGUACCAUUCCAGUCCUAGUAGAUGCUAAAACCAAAAUUCUCAAAAAUCCUAAAUUAUUUUCCUUUGCUAAAUCUUGUUUUUUGAUGUGGCUUGUACUUCAGGUUGAUAAACUUUAUGAUGAGAAAGAUGAAGACUAUGAUCCAAGGGAAAAGGAUGAGGAGAUCGCAAGAAUGAGAGAACAUGUGAUGUCUGAGGUAAGUGAAAAUUUGAGUGGCUAUUGAGUACAUUCUUCAGAGAAACCAAACUUAAACCAAAAAGGUCAAGAUGGUUUUGCAUCACUGGAUGGUUUGCAAGGGCCAAAAGAGCCAGUGAUUAAUAGUUGGAGUGUUGGCUGCUAUCUGUCUGUCACCUCUUUUUUAAUCAGUGAUAGAUGUUGUGCAGUAAUUUUCUUUUGCCUGAUGAUGCGCUAAUUUCCUUCUGUAGAGCCAUGAACACUCACUAGAUAAUUCAUGGUUCCUUGUUUUUGCACUUCAUAACAGAGCUGUCAUUAAGACGUGGGGGCCAGGGAUUUCCCCCAGCUAGUAUGAAUGUGGCUCCUGGCUACUUUCAUUGGAAAAUAGAAGAAAAAUAGAACCAAAAGAAAUCCCUAGCUGUUUGAUUCCCCACCUACUUGCUGUAUUUCCCCGGCAACUUGAAAUCUUAGUGACAUCCCUGUCACUAGAUCUUCAGCAUUAUUUCUCUCAGCCAUCAUUUCUCUCUUUGAUUAUUGAAGCAUCAAUCCUCAUAUUAAGUUGUAAAGUUCAUUGUUGGUUUUACAGUGUAAGUGUGGCCUAAGGGCCAAAAGAGCCAAAAGAGCCAAUGAUUAGUUACUAAAGAGUUAGAAGGCUGUAAGAGUGUUGUGGCUCCUAGAGUUUUCUUCUCUCCCUACAAACCAACAUUUCUAAAUUAAAGUCUAAUCAAUCAGUGAUUUAAGAAUUGCUUCGUUGAUCAAGAGUAUGUUAAGCAAUAGCCCAUGUAAUAAAGAGAAUAGUAAUUAUGAUAAUGGUGAUGACUAUUAUUAUUGUUAAAUGGAUUAAAGUUGUUACAAGUCGCUGUUUACAGACAAGGAGGGUUUAGUCAAUUAUUUUUAGUCUGGGGGCUGGAAAUCUCUAUUAUUGACUGCUUUAAUUACUACAGACUUGGACUAAAUGAAAGAUUGAUGCUGAUUUUCAUUACUACUGAACUUUAUAUGCUGUAUUUCAGAUUGACAAAGAUAAAGAUGGUUUUGUGUCACUUGAUGAAUUUUUGCGAGCCAGCAAUGGUGAUGAGUUUGAAAAGGAUGAGGGUUGGAAGAGUGUUGAAGAAGAACGUCCAUACACUGAUGAGGAACUAGCAGAGUUUGAGAAACAGCUUGCAGAAGAAGAGGCCAAAAGAAGAGAAGCUGAAAAGCAUGCAACAGAUACCGCUAAACAUCUUGCUGGUGGCGUUGUGCAGGUUGGUAAUUUAUUACCCCAUGGCAGGUUUUUUGUGGCCCAUAACGCUAAGAAAACUGACUAAUCUCUUCCUGAGUGUGUUAUGUACCUUGUAUACCUUACAGGGCAUUGAAUCUAACAUUAAUGUACAUGGUGGCUUUCUGUAAUGUUUCAUCAAAGCAAAUUAUCACUUGAAAGGCAUUUGAAUAGAAGUGACAUGAAAGGUUCUCAUUCUGCUUGAUAGCCAAUAUAAUAUUAGACACUGAGGGGUCUUGGGAAGGGGUAUUUUCUUUAUUAGUGGCAAAAUAGGCAACUUCUUUUCAUGUUUUUUCACAUUUGAAUACUGGCAAGUAUCCUAGACCAUUAAAACAUGCUUUUUAAAACUUUUUUCUUAUAAGCAGGCAGCAGAGGCAAUCAAUAAACAUGCGGAGGGAUUAGGAAAGCAAGAACAAACACAUGAUGAAACUCAACAACAGGAACAACAGGAACAACAGGAACAACAUACAUCUUAA